CAACCAAUAAAAAGCUUCCGAGUUUUUUUUUUAAUGUUAAAAAAAAAACAAUAAAGAAGCAUUUAUAUAUGUUUUUUCAUUUUUAUUAUCUGGAUAUUAUUUUACACUUGGGGAUUAGGAGGAUCUCUCUCUCUUAGCAAUGGCUGCUGCUUUCACCUGUACCUCUCUCCCUCCGCUCUCUCUCCGUUCAGAGACGAAAGCCGCAGCAUCCUCCUCACUCUCAGCUCGCCGGCUCUUCGCCGUGUCGCCGGAAUCAGGAGGAUUGAGAAUCCGUCUUUCUCAGUCGCCGUCCUCGUUGACCUCGAUUCAACCUAGGGUUCCUCGAUUACGAAGAGGCGUCGUCGUCGUCUGCGAAGCUCAGGAAACUACGACUGACUUAGUUUCAAUAGUGAACGACUCGACGUGGGAUUCUCUAGUUCUCAAGGCAGACGGCCCUGUACUUGUCGACUUCUGGGCACCAUGGUGUGGACCUUGCAAAAUGAUUGACCCGCUCGUGAAUGAGCUAGCACAACAGUACACCGGGAAGGUCAAGUUCUACAAACUAAACACCGACGACUCUCCUUCAACCCCAAGCCAGUACAAUGUUAGAAGCAUCCCAACGAUCAUGAUCUUUGUCGAUGGCGAGAAGAAGGACGCAAUCAUAGGUGCAGUGCCCAAAUCCACACUCACGUCUAGCAUUGACAAGUUCUUGCAAUGAGAUUGUCAGUCUGUAUGAUCUCUCUCUCUCUCUCCCUCUGUUUCGCAUUCUCAUUCUCUCUGUAACUGGCUCUUUCUUUAAUAGCUAUCUGCUUCUUCUGCUGUAUCUUUUCUUCAUCACUGAACAUAUAGACAUGGAUAAAUAAUAUGAUCUCAUGUUUUUAUUAUGA